AUGAAUAAUUUAUCUUUCAUAUACGCUGUAAUACUAUUUUUUAUAGGGUUAUUGGCCAGCGAAACUUACAUGAAGUGGUUUAAGACUGCAUCUUCCUCUGCUUUAAAAAAGGAAAAUAUCAUGAACACAAAGUCUGAAGAAGCUGGUAAGGGUGGUAGUAUAUCAACAGGUAUAGAUAAACUUUUUGAAUGGAAUAAGGGUACAACGCCAGUUUAUUUCUUAUCCCAUGGUGGCCCGACAUUUAUGUAUGGUGAUAUCGAUCUUGGUGGUGACCUAGGUGCAUUUAAGACAACUCAGAGCAUUGGAAAAUUCAUAAGAAAUGAAAUCAAGCCUAAUUUUCUCAUUGUGGUUUCAGCUCACUGGCAGUCCAAAGGGUGUAACUUAGUUGAAAUUUCAGUGCCAGAAUCGGCGCCAGACGCCGAGGGAAGCGAAGGGUUCAGUGGCCUUGGGAGGUCAGACCAUCAGCUAGCUGAUCCGUUAGAAAAUAAGCUUAUUUACGAUUUCUACGGGUUUCCUGACAAGCUAUAUAAGGAGGAAUUCCAUACUAGGGGUAAUGUUGCUCUAUCGAAGGAUAUCGCCAAGACCAUUAACAGUUCCGACGAUGGAUUGCGCGCAAAAUUGGUUAGAAGAGGAUUAGAUCACGGAGUUUGGGUUCCGUUGAAGGUUGCGUUUUCCGAUUCGAAACCUAAGGACGCAUAUUGGGAUUUGGAUAUUCCUUUGGUACAAGUUUCUCUGCUAGGAAGUGACGAUUUUGAAGCACAGUAUAAACUUGGACAGGUUCUAAGCAAGUACAGAUCGAUGGGAGGCUUGGUGUUAACAUCAGGUAUGUCAGUUCAUAAUUUGUAUCAUUUACAGACAAUGAGGACUCUAAAGAAGGCUUUUCCGUAUGUUGAUCAGUUCCACAAUACGCUGAGAAAUAUUAUAUUAACAGCUGAUAAUAAUGGUCAAAAGCUAAAUAUCUUAAACAAAACACUAUCUGGAUUGGCAGCGAAAGAACUACUGGCAGCAGCACAUCCAACUUUGGAACACUUUAUGCCAAUUGUUGUUGGGCUAGGCGCUGGUGAGGGUAUAACUGCAGAUGACAAGUACCAUAUUAGCGAGCUCUAUUGUGCAGCUGUUUCCUCCAUGGGAUGGAUGAUAUUGCAGUUUGGAAAAUAUAAAGAUUAG